CUCCCCUCCGUCCUUUCCCCGCCUCCCCUCCGUCCUUUCCCCCCCCCCUCCUCUGCGGCUCUGCCAGUCCCGUUCUUGCGAACUCCGCCUCUCUCACUCUCAGACACACACACUCUCUCUCUCUCUCUCUCUCUCUCUCUAUCCCUGCGCCUCCAUGAGAAGGGGCUGGAAUAAUUAAAGAAGAAGACAACCUAGUUGCUCCCUGCCUGGUAGUCUGGUACUGCUGGGUAGUUUUGAAUUGUUUAGAUUAGGUUGGUUUUCUCUGCAACUGUAACCUGUACAAUGGGGGUCGUGAAAGAUGGCACCGCCACUGGAUUUCUCCCUAGCAAACAAGUUUUCGCCAUCCACUAUCCCGGUUAUCCUUCGUCCAUGUCCCGCGCCAUCGAGACACUAGGAGGAACCGAAGCAAUUCGUAAGGCUCGUACUUCACAGUCAAGCAGGCUGGAGCUCCAUUUUCGGCCCGAAGAUCCAUAUGCACAUCCUGCAUUUGGAGACCUACGUCCUUGCAACAACUUUUUGCUCAAAAUAUCUAAAACCAAGUCUAGUGCUGGACAAACCGAUCAAGUUUCCAAUAGGACGUUGAAAAGGUCCUUGCAAGAUGCAACUGACUUGGGCAAAGGCAUACAGUCAUCGGAACCCGAAAGUGAACUACUUGCCCUUAAAGAAGAUGAAUUGCAGAAACCUGAUAAUGAUCAAUUAAACUUUGAUAUUGUUGCUCGUGUUCCAGAGGCUUAUCACUUUGAUGGGAUGGUAGACUACCAGCAUGUCAUUGCUGUCCAUGCUGAUGUUGCACGGAAGAAAAAGAGGAAUUGGACAGAAAUUGAUGAGCCACACUUAGAUAAGGGUGGCCUUAUGGAUGUUAACCAGGAGGAUGUGAUGAUUCUACUACCUCAACUUUUUGCACCCAAGGAUGUGCCUGAUAGUUUAGUGUUGAAACCAUCAGCGACGUUGAGUGCAAAAAAGAAUCAAGAAGAACCUGUGCAACACCAAUGGGAGAUGAGUAUGGAGCCAGUUCUUGCACUUGACUUUGGCAUCAGUGAGAUUCCUAAGAGAACAAAUUGGGAGGAAUAUAUAUCCCAUGGCUCAGAUCAGUGGGUGUCACAGAUGGCCUUGUCUCAGCUGUUUGAUGAGCGGCCUAUAUGGCCAAAAGAGUCAUUAACCGAACGCUUGCUUGAUAAGGGCUUCAACUUUUCAGAUCACAUACUCAGAAGGCUUCUUUCUAGAGUUGCAUACUACUUUUCGCGUGGACCUUUUCUUAGGUUUUGGAUAAAAAAAGGAUAUGAUCCUCGCAAAGAUCCUGAUUCUCGAAUAUAUCAGAAAAUUGAUUAUCGAGUAAGACCACCAUUACAAAGUUACUGUGAUGCUAAUUCAGCCAAUCAACUAAAGCAUAGAUGGGAGGAUAUAUGUGCAUUUCGAGUGUUCCCUUACAAGUGCCAUACAACAUUGCAACUAUUUGAACUUGGUGAUGAUUACAUUCAAGAACAGAUAAGGAAGCCUCCAGCUCAGACAACUUGCUCCUCUGAGACGGGAUGGUUUUCGUAUAACAUGCUUGAGAACUUGAAAGAUCGUGUUAAGGUGAGGUUCCUAUCUGUGUUCCCGGAACCUGGUUCGGAACACUUGCUUAAAGCUGCAACGGAAAGCUUUAAAAAGUCCAAGAAGAUGUGCAGUAAAGACAACUUUAUACGUGCUGAAGUGAUACAGCCAGAAGACAAUGCUGGCAAGGAAGAUGUUGCAGAACCCAACAAUCUUGAGGAUGAUGAGAAAGAUGACACUGAGGCUGAUAAUGUUGAAGAGGCAUUAGAUACGUAUGAUGGAAUUGAUGCGGCUGAGGAUGGUGAAAUUUCUCUGCAGUCACAUUCCUAUAUGAACAUGGAAAACAUCUCAAGAACCCAUUUACAGGAACUUUUUGGUAGUUUUCCCUCUUCUGAAGCAGGGGGUGAUAGAAUACAACAAGAUGUAGCAGCAACACAUACAAGCGAUGAAGAAUACCAGAUUUACGAGCAAGAGAGUGAUGGCAACUUCUCUGAUGAAAGUGAUUGAUAACAUCUCCAAGGUUCCCUCCAUCCUCCUGAUCGCUUAUUUAAACGCUCCUUCAAAGUAUGACAGUGUAUCUUCCAUUUCAAACAGCUAUUCAGAUUUUGGAUUUUUCUAAAGCCUCGACAAUAUUGUGUUUUAGUUGCGGCUGAGGGAGGGGCAGAAGACCAUAUAAUCUAAAGCCAGGGGAUGCCGUCGUUGCAGCUGCAAGUCUACAGUCCAAUAGGUUUAAAGUCUCUUGGUGAUGCUCUGACAUUUCAUACUUUGGCAUACAAUGCAUGCAGAUAGAUGUAGGAGCACUUGAACUCAGCUGCAACUCUACAAUCCUUGCACUCGUCACACUCACAGUAGUGCGACUGGUGACCGUGGUGUUGUAUAAGGCGCAACCGUUGAGAUUCUUUCAAGAAACUUUUUUGUUGAUUUGAUGUGAUCCUAACUUGUACUUGGAGAGGAAUAUUAUAUAACAAAUUUCAUGAUUUUCUUGUAACAUUUGUAAA